AUUUUCAGGAAGGUAUGCCAUUGAAAAGCUGGCAGACACGGUCAUUUCUUAUUGAGCUCAAACCACGAAGCGAAUUUGCUUCACUCUUUGUAGAUUGUCCACCGUCAGAUGAUAAUGAAACAAGCUGCUAUGAUAAUCAACAAAUGCAAAAUGACACUACAGAAAGUAAUGAAACGGUGGAACGAAAGGAAAUGAUACAUUUUCAUGAACAUUCUAUCGAAAUGAGUUCAAUAGUUCAGCAAAGGAAAUGUACUGUCACCGAAAUGUUGCCAUCAUAUUGGGCGAAAUUUGGUGAUCUUACUUUAUAUCCAAAUUCCAUUUGCGCACUUACUUGGGCUGAUAAUCAUCGGCUGUUUAUGUGCAAAAUACGGAUCGUUGUUGGUGAAUGUCCUUUAGUACCGAAAACAUUUCAUCAAUUAGCAGUUGGUGCAUUAUCUGGUAUGCUUCUGGAUGAAUAUAUCGAGAAUGCUCAAUCAGUUCCUGUGCAAGCAGAAUGUGCGGAAUGUUCAGCUACUUUAUUGAGUCAUUCCAAAGAUUUACAAUUGCAAUCAUUACCGGAAGAUAGUUGGUUGAAUACUUCACCAUCUAUGGAAUAUUUUUGUCGUGAUACAUGUGGUGGUGCUUCACAUUCCCACGGGCAUCAUGGAGCGCAUAGUUCAGAUUUGAUAUAUGCCAAUGAUGCGCAGAAACAAUGGCUUCCAAAUGAACAACGAAUUGUCAUAUCAGAUUCGUAUUUUCUAGUGUUAAAAAAGAUGAUUACCUCGAACGCAGUGACCAUUGAUGAGUCCAAUAUUGUACUCUGCGCCAAAUGUUCUAUGGAGAUUGGAGUUAUUCUCAAAAGAAAUACUGACAUUGUGCAGUUUCAUCAUGUAAUGUGCAAUCUGCUGGUAACUGAUAGCAGAGAAACUUACAUAAAUACCAGAUUCGGCACGUUAGAACAUUUCUUCGCCUGGACAUUGCUUUACCAAUGUGAAUCACAGACAUCAGGAAAGCUUGUCCUUCGAUCUUACGACAAACGACCGUAUUUACUGAUUUGGUUAUUGGAUUCAUAUGUUGUGAUAUCACAAGGCGAACUGAUCGAAGCUGAAGCUGAAGCUGAGGAAAAUAAUAGAUUGGUUUACUCAUUCCCAGCAUUAAAAAUGCUUUACAAGAUAUUUGAUGCUGAAUCAGCUAAAACAGAUCCACGUGCGAACGGUGAGGAUGCCAGUGUGGGUAUACUAGACAUACCAUUAACAUGUUGUGUGAAAUUAACCGAAAUGUUGCUUGAAUCAUCACUAGCUUUACCUCCGACUGGACGAAGUGUCGGCCAGUUUUACGUUGGGUUUUUGAAAUUAAGAAAAUGUGAUGGAUUAAUGAAUUAA